AUGUCCAACAUGUACAAAAUAAUUAACAGACAUGUCACCUACCUAUGUAAUAGAGUCCUAGUAUUUGCAGGAUAUAAAACGAACAUUAUUCUUUCGAAAAUACUAUGCGUUGAAGUUAAUACUGUAUUUUAUGAAGCCGUAGAAAGUAAGGCGAAAAUUCCUAGGAUAAUUCUAAAUAAGCGUUUGAAUGGUUAUGAGCUAUGCAAUAUAUUGGAUGUGUUUCAACAUAUAAAAGACCUUAUGUACCGAGUAAACCGGGCUAGACAAAUUACUAGAAUCGGAUUCUGGCGAGAUCAAAAUAACUUCUUAUUAUAUACUUUGAUAAUGGGAGCAAAACGACUUACUUUGACAGAUAGAAAGGUACGAACUAUAGAAGUACUUGAAUGCUUUACUCAAUCCAAGAAUCAAUUAUCAUGUAUAGGCUAUAAGAUAGAUCAAAGAAGACUUAAGGAACAGCCCUUCGAUAUCAACAUGCUCAAUAAACUAUCCGUACUAAAAAACAAAAUGUUAGAGAUAGAGACAUAUAAUAUUUAUAUGGAUAGAUCAGUAAGGGGAAAAAUAAGCACAAUAGGAUGGGUUUUUCAAAAUCAGCAAGAAAUUAGUUUUGCAUCAAAAAUAGCAGAAAAUUGCAACGUGAUUCAAGCUGAACUAUUGGCAAUAUUGACAUCUUUGCAUGCUGUACCUAAACUAUCAGAUGUAAAUAUCUUUACAAAUAGUGAGGAAGCCAUUGGUCUAAUAAAAAAAAAUAUCAAUAAUUUGCUCUUAAUGCAAAAUCACAUGAUGCAUACUAUCUUACAAAUGAUAAAGAGUUCCUUGAUAAUAUAUAACAUAAAAAUACGACUUCACAAGGUACGAGCACACUCGAAUAAUAAAUGGAAUGAUGAGACGGAUAGAAUAGCAAAAGAAAGCCAUAAGGACAGAACUGCUCUUACUUAUAACACUUUGUGGGGCAUCAAUAUACAGGAAUUCGCAAAACCAUCACCGAAUGAAAAAAAAUAG